ACGGCAUGGGCCCCGCCUGCCUGCAGGCCAAAGACGGCAUGGCCAUCAAGGGCAACAACAACAACGCCCCGGCCUCGGCCGCGCCCGAGAAGAGCAUCGAGGAGAUGAAGAAGCUGUUCAUCGGCCGCGCCAAACGCAUCGACACGGUGUCCCGCGUGGCCUUCCCGCUCGUCUUCCUCAUUUUUAACAUUUUCUACUGGAUCAUUUACAAGAUCAUCCGCAGCGAGGACAUCCACAAGCAGUAGUCGAGAGGCGGAGGAGGAGGAGGAGGAGGAGGAGGAAGAGGGCGAGAACAGUGCGAAGAGGAGAACGCAGAAAAAGAGAAGGAAACAGAGAGAGACGACUUCUAUCGGAGAUAUCAUUGCCCCCUUUUUUCACGCCAACCACGCCUCCUUUCCUCGCCCUUCUUCUUCUUCUUCUUCUUCUCGUGGACGAGGAUAAGUUGCUCUUUGUGGCAGUCGCCCCUCAGCUCCUAUAUUUGAGAUAUUUAUUGCUUUCUUUUCCCUUUAUCCUCCUCUCCUGCCCCAAAUCCCAACUCAUUCCGGCUCUUCCCACCUCCCGAAUAAUCCGGACCAGUGCAAUAGCAAUGCAGUAAAAUGCAUGAUAUAUGAAUGUGGCAAUAUAUUAAUGAAAAGAUGACAAACACAGACUUUUUGCAGGCACGCCCAACAGACUGUGUGGGAGUGGGCGGACAGGAAGGAAAGAAGACGCUUGUGAAGGGUCUUGUAUUUGAUUUUCGGGUUUUCUUUUUUGUGCGGAACAGAAAUAUAGUUCUAUAUGACAAAGUGAUGUCGGGCCGGGGUGGGGGACGUGCGAGAAGCAUACAGCAGUGUAAUAUACUCAUAUAUCUAUCGUAAGUGGAGAAAAUAAACUUUAUUUGCAAAGGCGGGGCAUCUGGAAACGAGGGAUUUUUCACCCCAAAAAAAAGGACGGACGGCGGAUCGGUGCUUCCAUUCAAUAAAAGCGAUGCAAGGAUCACGCAUUCUAUAUAUCUAGAUUUGCUUCAAACGUGUAUUGCAAGCACUCCUCAACGCUUUUCCUCCCCGCCCCCGCCGCCGCCAACAAACCUCGAAACUGCAGAGACACUCGAGGUUUCGCUGC